GUGUGGAGCAUGUGGACGUCCUGCUGUAACUGGUUCUGUCUGGACACUGCCAUGGUGGAGGAGAGCAACAGCAGCACGCGUCACCAGGCCUAUACUAACUCAGGCUACAACAGCUACCCGUCGCCCCCACUCCCGGAACACACGUGCAAAGCCUGCGGAAGCCGCUUCGUCACCCUAGCCAGAAAGGUACCUAAAAUCCUCUCAGCCCACCCUUUCCCAAAUCCGGGCUUUAAGAUCUGUUGCACUUCAGGUUUUUCAUCCUUCCUCUCUAAUCAGUGGUUGAUUCAGACCUGGCCAAUUAGAAAUUGAUCAACAUUGAUUAAAGGGAUAUUGCGAGAUUCUGGCAAUUUCUACUUACCCAGUGUCGGAUGAACUCAUGGAUAAAAUUUUUAUGUCUCUGUGUCCAGUAUAAAUGAAGUUAGAGGUAGUUUCGUGAGACCAUGCUAACUAGUGUUAGUGCAAUGACCGGAAGUCUACUGGAACGGCUAGCUUGCCGAGAAAAGAGAACCAGCAAUACGCCAGUCCUCAAGGCUAGACUCUGAGUAUCCAGUCAGCUCUUAGCUUUUUUCCACACCCUUCAAUACAUCCAUUAUCUAGUGGAGGCAUGAAAAGGGUGAAACCAAUGCAAUGGUUAUGUACUUUUCUGUACCUGAACCGGCCUCAGUGCAAGAUUAUGUUGUCGGUGUCAAGUUGCAGCUAGAGUUGGCGCAAAGUCUGGGACAAGUUUUAAAAGGAACUCUUUUGGCCCCAUCAUUUACUGUUUUGUGAAAUUGUUAUUUCUGAAUAAGUUUCAGUUGGGAAUUGUAACGGCCAAGGAGGAAAAUCAGCUAGCAGACACAUGAUUGAUAGUCAUUGUGUGUCGGUCUCCUCUCUCUCUCCGCAGCAUGUCUGCGUGGACUGCAAGAAGAACUACUGCGGUAGGUGUUCGGCCCAGCUUGAGCCCCGGCCGCGCCUUUGCCAUACCUGCCAGCGGUUCCACGGCACGCUUUUUGAGCGAACCGAGCUGAUGAAGCUCAAGGUGAAGGACCUGCGCGACUACCUCCACCUGCACGAGGUCUCAACGCAGAUGUGCCGUGAGAAAGAGGAACUGGUGGAGCUGGUCCUGGGACAGCAGACACCGUCACCCUCUGACCCAAUCAUAAACCCUCUGACCCAAACACAGACCCCCACCGCGACCCAGCAUGAGACAACUCCUCCUCCAGCCCCCACCACCACCCCCACACACCCCGACUCCACAUCCACCUCCACAGACCAUGUCCCUUCACAGCCGCCACCCACUCAGGAGGACAGUCAGGUGAGGCCCGAACCCACCAUACCACACACGACUAACCCCUUACCCCUGUUUAUCUGUCAACCAUUCAUUUACCAUUUUGUCCAUCGCCUCACUUUUUGAGUUACGUAGCAUUAACAAUAGCUUGAGAAUAGAUUACCUACUUUCUGUGUGGCCCUUCCAGUUAGAACAUGGCUAACUCUAGCUCGCUAAUAUAGUGUUUUGGGUGUGUGGUGGGUUUUUGCUCGUAGACCCCGUCUGUGUUGGUGCCCUCGGGUCCUGAGGAGCCACUGGACACUGAGGGAGAUACAGUGCUGCAGGGAGACACAGAGCUACAGGUACUACAGCCUGACCCUGAUCUUGAAAGCAUCGCCAUUGUUAGGGCCAGGAGUUUUUCCCUGGUUGUGUCACGUGGUGAAGAAAAACUCUUGGCCCUAGCCAUGGUACUACUAUAGCAGCGAUGGGCUUCCUCUCCUUAGCUCUGGGCCUGUAUUCAUAAAGCAUCUCAGAGUAACAAACAGAUCACCGACCAUUUUGAAUCCCACCGUACCUUCUCCGCUAUGCAAUCUGGUUUCCGAGCUGGUCAUGGGUGCACCUCAGCCACGCUCAAGGUCCUAAACGAUAUAAUAACCGCGAUCGAUAAAAGACAGUACUGUGCAGCCGUCUUCAUCGACCUGGCCAAGGCUUUUGACUCUGUCAAUCACCACAUUCUUAUUGGCAGACUAAAUAGCCUUGGUUUCUCAAAUGACUGCCUCGCCUGGUUCACCAACUACUUCUCAGAGUUCAAUGUGUCAAAUCGGAGGGCCUGUUGUCUGGACCUCUGGCAGUCUCUAUGGGGGUGCCACAGGGUUCAAUUCUCGGGCCGACACUAUUCUCUGUGUAUAUCAAUGAUGUCGCUCUUGCUGCUGGUGACUCUCAGAUCCACCUCUACGCAGACGACACAAUUUUGUAUACAUCUGGCCUGUGUUAACAAACCUCCAAACGAGCUUCAAUGCUAUACAACACUCCUUCCGUGGCCUCCAACUGCUCUUAAACGCUAGUAAAACUAUUGAACGCUGCUUGCACCCGCCUGCCCGACUAGAAUCACGACUCACGGCGGGUCUGACUUAGAAUAUGUGGACCACAAAAAAUUCCUAGGUGUCUGGUUAGACCGUAAACUCUCCUUCCAGACUCACAUUAAGCAUAUCCAAUCCAAAGUUAAAUCUAAAAUCGGCUUCCUAUUUCGCAACAAAGCCUCCUUCACUCAUGCUGCCAAACAUGCCCUCGUAAAACUGACUAUCCUACUGAUCCUUGACUUCGGCGAUGUCAUUUACAAAAUAGCCUCCAACACUCUACUCAACAAAUUGGAUGUAGUCUAUCACAGUGCCAUCCGUUUUGUCACCAAAGCCCCAUAUACUACCCACCAUUGUGACCUGUACGCUCUUGUUGGCUGGCCCUCACUACAUAUUCGUCGCCAAACCCACUUGCUCCAGGUCAUCUAUAAAUCACUUCUAGGCAAAUCCCCGCCUUAUCUUAGAUCAUUUGUCACCAUAGCAACACCCACCCGUAGUAUGCGCUCCAGCAGGUAUAUCUCACUGGUCAUCCCCAAAGCCAACACCUCCUUUGGCCGCCAUUCCUUCCAGUUGUCUGCUGCAAAUGACUGGAACGAACUGCAAAAAUCUCUGAAGCUGGAGACUCUUACCUCCCUCACUAACUUUAAGCAUCAGUUGUCAGAGCAGCCUACCGAUCACUGCACCUGUACACAGCCCAUCUGUAAUUAGCCCACCCAACUACCUCAUUCCCAUAUUGUUAUUUACAUUGUUAUUUAUUUUGCUCACUUGCACCCCAGUAUCUCUAUUUGCACAUCAUCUUCUGCACAUCUAUCACUCCAGUGUUAAUACUAAAUUGUAAUUAUUUUGCACUAUGGCCUAUUUAUUGCCUUACCUCCAUAACUUACUACAUUUGCAUACACUGUAUAUAGAUUUUCUAUUGUUAUUGACUGUGCGUUUUGUUUAUCCCAUGUGUAACUCUGUGUUGUUGUUGUUUUCAUCGCACUGCUUUGCUUUAUCUUGGCCAGGUCGCAGUUGUAAAUGAGAACUUGUUCUCAACUGACUUACCUGGUUAAAUAAAUAAAAUCAAAUAAAAAAAGGAGUGCUGAUCUAGGAUCAGCUCCCCCCUGAUUCAUUAGUCUAAAAGACAAAACAAUAGCUGAUUUUUAGAUCAGCACUUGAUUUUAUUUUAUUUUAAAAUACAUCAAAAUGUUGCAACAGAUACAUAUACAAACAUUUCUGAGGAUUAUAAACACAGUCUAAAGACUUGUUUCCUUUGUGGUCCUGUGUAGCUCAGUUUAGGUCAUGUGUAGCUCAGUUGGUAGAGCAUGGCGCUUGCAACGCCAGGGUUGUGGGUUCGAUUCCCACGGGGGGCCAGUAUGAAAAAAUUUAUGCACUCACUAACUGUAAGUCACUCUGGAUAAGAGCGUCUGCUAAAUGACUAAAAUGUAAUGUAAAUGUCCUCUAUUUGAAGGCAAGGGCUGUAGUUAAAAAAACAAGUUACAUGGGCACUGCCAUAGAUUCAUUCAAUGUGUCCAAAUAUUUAAAGGUAUACAAAAUAUAAAAUAUACACAUCUAAUAAUCAUCCACUAACACAUUGUGGUUUACACUUGGCUAGGAGGCUAUCUCAACAUUAACCAUGCCUUGCAGGAGUGGUUGAACCUAAGACUGGCAGAAACAGUUUUUAUCUCAGACGGGAGUUUGUUCCACUCUACCACUGACGUAUAUAAAAAUGUGUUUUGACCAGUACAGCUCUCGACUCUACAUUUUUAUUUUUUAUUUUUUGGUCAUUUAGCAGACGCUCUUAUCCAGAGCGACUUACAGGAGCAAUUAGGGUUAUGUGCCUUGCUCAAGGGCACAUCGACAGAUUUGUCACCUAGUCGGCUCGGGGAUUAGAACCAGCGACCUUUCGGUUACUGGCACAACGCUCUUAACCACUAAGCUACCUGCCGCCCCAAGUCUGUAUUACUGCCUCUCGUGAUACUAGAUACUGGGGAACAGUACCCUACAUGAUUGUAUGGGCCAAUUCCAACUUCAGCUGAAUAACCCUUUUAUCAACAUUAGCCACUGUAGUUCACAGAGCUGAGAAGGUCCAACAUGAGCCUGAGGGCUAAGAUUCAGAAUGACCCUUACCAUUUUAUUCCGAGCUGUCUGUAGCUUGUUCUUGAGGAACUACUGUACCAGGUAGUGCACACAACCAAAAAAUCUAAGUGAGGCUGCGCUAAUGCUGCUAAAAGGGUUUUCAAGGUCCCUUUAUCUAGAAAAGUAUUUCACAGUUCUUGGCUCAUACUCUGAGACGCUUCAUGAAUACAGGCCCUGAUCUCAGAUGGGUCUCAGAACCUGCUUAGGUUACUAGAUAGAUUUGAGUUUUUACUAUGUGCGCCCUAUACAGAAUGAGAGCAAACGUUCUGUGAAAUAGAGGCCUAUGACAUUUACCAGAUUUGAACUCCAUUGAUGCAAGAUGGGUUUCCUCCUCUAAGCUUUUAACUGUGAUGACCAGAACCUGCUUUGGCAGGAAGUUAUUAAAGGCUAGCAUUCUCAGAAAAGGUAAAGGUCAAUAUGACAGAUUUACUACGACUUACUAUGUUAAAUAUUAACUAAAUUAAGGAAGUUGACCGUUGUAUUAUUUGUUUGCAAAUCCGCACAACCUCUCUGGUUAAUGGUGGAAACUUUGGAUUUAGAACUGUUGGUUGGAUCAUUGUAAAUAUCAGAAAGAGGAGUGUCGUAUAUGUUUAUUGUUCUUGGUUUCUGUGCCAGUCUGCCAUCUAUUCAUAGUUAAUCUAUCAUUCUCGCCUGUCAUGUUGGCGGUGAUGGGGUUUUGAAAGGGUGUCAGAAGGCCCGGGGUUGGUUAGGUUUUGGUCAAAUACGAGGUGGAGAUAGACGAGGGAUAAUGUAAGGGGUUUCGAAACAAUUUUACCUUUUAAUUUAUCAUUUUAAUUUCAAAUGUAAUUUUAAGACGUUACCGUAUUGAGUAUGUACAUUUUAGCCAACAUGUAUUACACUACAUGUUUUAAUGUAUUAAUCUUUGGCACAUGCCAUUAGGCUAUAGGAUGAUUGAAAGUGUUAAGAUACAGCUGUGAUAGAGUAAGCAAGGGUUCAAUAUGGGGUCAAGAUAUGGUCUGCGUUUUCACUGGACACAUUGGCUGAAGGACAAGUGUAAUUUCAGACUUUAAAAAAAAUAAAAAUAAAAUUGAAAGGGUGUCUCUUCUUGACAUGAUAUGGUGAGUUUAGAGAACCCUAUCGCUAGGCCUAUAUAUUUAGUUUACUCACUGUAGGACAUAAGGCUAGUGACUGUUUUAGACCAUCCAGUGCCAUUGUGCUCAGACAGUCCCAUUGUAGAGCAGUGUUUUUUGUUGUUCGAUGGCUGGCUGCCCAUGUCUGCAUGGUGUGUCCCAUUAUUCACCCGUCUGUCAGGAUGUUCCCCUUGUAGCGUAGCCAAGCAUUAAUCUAUUCGUAUCCCCACUGAUGGAUAUCAGCUUUGGCAUGUAAUGUGGCGUGUUGCCAUUUCCCGCACUGUGGCUGUGAAAGACCCAUGUGACUGACACUGUUCCUCUUAAUACAGUUUGGGUUGGGAUAGCUAAACAAGAUAGUUGGUGUUGUCACACGAUGACACGCAAGUUGUCGACCUAGAGAUCUCAAAGAACCAUAAUAAAUCUUGUGGUGUAGGUUCUAGGCCCGUAUUCAUAAAGCGUCUUAGAGCAGUAGUGCUGAUCUAUGUUGUUAUUAUUAAUAAUCUAAAAAGGCUAAACUGAUCCUAGAUCAGUACUACUCUGAAAAUCUCUAUGAGUAUGGGCCCUGUUCACAGUUAGUGUAUGGGUUCCUCUUAAUCGAUCAUUCUGACAUUCAAACAUGAUGGCUGUCAAUGUGAUGUGAUUGUUCACGAUUUCCGUCUGACCUUAGAAAAUCAGGAAUAGCCUACCAUUUGUGUCAUUCCAUUCUAAUGAACCUGUAACCUUUUUCACUACAUGUUCUAUAUUACACCAAUCAUCAAGUACUGGGGCGCGUUCAGGAGGGUGCAACGUACUGAACAUAGCUGUUAAAAAUGUCACAAAUCGAGCUGACUUGAUACCUUACUCUUAGAUGCACGUGUUAGUUACAGAUCAAUGCAUGUCCGUUUUACAGGCCCUUAACACAAUGUAUCUGAACGUUCCACAACAUUGGUCCCUAUUGAACGCAACUCUGAUUUGUUGUUGCUCAGUCCUCAGACACAGAGGAGGUGCUGGCGCCAGGCCGCAGGGCGUCGCUGUCAGACCUGGCCACGGCGGAGGACAUCGAUGCCCUCAGCGUCCGGCAGCUCAAGGAGAUCCUGGCCCGUAACUUUGUCAACUACAAGGGCUGCUGCGAGAAGUGGGAGCUAAUGGAGAGGGUCACCCGCCUCUACCACGACCAGAAGGAGCUCCAGAAUCUGGGUAAAUGAUUGGGAUAUAUGGGUUUUUUCCCUACCGGCAUCAUAGUUGAAUUGGGGUGUGUUUACUAGGAACGAAACGGAAUCAAACAGGAUGAAACUGGGAGGGACAUACCUGAAUUUGUCCAAUAAGUAACUCCUUUUUGUUGAAAAAAAUAUUCUGUUGCAAAUACUACGGUGUGCACUAAUAGAUACACCACAGAUAGUACGUUGUUUUGGAUAAGAGUAUCUGCUGAAUUACUCAAAUGUAGAGGAGUGUAAUAUGAGACAUCCUAUUUGGACUUCUAUUACAGAAGCUCAGUGUUUUCGCUUUCUCUCUUAGCUAGGUUACUGUAGGGCUAAUAUACAGUGCGUUCGGAAAGCGUUCAGACCCCUUGACUUUUUCCACAUUUUGUUACGUUACAGCCUUAAUUGAUUAAAUAAAUAAAAAAUCCUCAUCAAUCUACAUAAUGACAAAGCAAAAACAGGUUUUUAGAGUUUAAAAACAGAAAUACCUUGUUUACAUAAGUAUUCAGACCCUUUGCUAUGAGACUAGAAAUUGAGCUCAAGUGCAUCCUGUUUCCAUUGAUCAUCCUUGAGAUGUUUCUACAACUUGAUUGGAGUCCACCUGUGGUACAUUUGAUUGAUUGGAUAUGAUUUGGAAAGGUACACACCUGCCUAUAUAAGGUCCCACAGUUGACAAUGCAUGUCAGAGCAAAAACCAAACCAUGAGGUCGAAGGAAUUGUCCGUAGAGCUCAGAGACAGGAUUGUGUCGAGGCACACAUCUGGGGACGGGUACCAAAAAAUGUCUGCAGCAUUGAAGGUCUCCAAGAACACAGUGGCCUCCAUCAUUCUUAAAUGAAAGAAGUUUGGAACCACCAAGACUCUUCCAAGAGCUAGCCAAAAACCAGAUGGGUGCACUGACAGCGCUCCAGAGUUCCUCUGUGGAGAUGGGAGAACCUUCCAGAAGGACAACCAUCUCUGCAGCACUCUACCAAUCAGGCCCUUAUGGUGGAGUGGCCAGACGGAAGCCACUCCUCAGUAAAAGGCACAUGACAGCCCGCUGGGAGUUUGCCAAAAGGCACCUAAAGGACUCUCAGACCAUGAGAAACAAGAUUUUCUGGUGUAAUGAAACCAAGAUUGAACUCUUUGGCCUGAAUGCCAAGCGUCACGUAUGGAGGAAACCUGGCACCAUCCCUAUGGUGAAGCAUGGUGGUGGCAGCAUCAUGCUGUGGGGAUGUUUUCCAGCGGCAUGGACUGGGAGACUAGUCAGGAUUGAGGGAAAGAUGAACGGAGCAGGUUCACCUUCCAACAGGACAACGACCCUAAGCACACAGCCAAGACAACGCAGGAGUGGCUUCAGGACAAGUCUCUGAAUGUCCUUGAGUGGCCCAGCCAGAGCCCGGACUUGAAACCCAAUCGAACAUCUCUGGAGAGACCUGAAAAUAGCUGUGCAGUGACGCUCCCCAUCCAACCUGACAGAGCUUGAGAGGAUCUGCAGAGAAGAAUGGGAGAAACUCCUCAAAUACAGGUGUGAUAAGCUUGUAGCGUCAUACCCAAGAAGACACGAGGCUGUAAUCGCUGCCAAAGGUGCUUCAACAAUGUACUGAGUAAAGGGUCUGAAUACUUAUGUAAAUGUGAUAUUUUUUAUUUAUAUACAUUUGCAAACAUUUCUAAAAACCUGUUUUUGCUUAAUCAUUAUGGGAUAUUGUGUGUAAAUUGAUGAGGGGGGGGGGGACAAUUUAAUCCAUUUUAGAAUAAGGCUGUAACGUGGAAAAAGUGAAGGGGUCUGAAUACUUUCCGAAUGCACUGUAUAUAAUUAUUAGAACCUCCGAUACCCACUUCAGCCGAGGCAGCAACACUGCAGGCUCAAUGACGACGUGCUAUCCCAACCUGCACCACAAUAUGUUUGUAGUUUGCAAAACUUCACAAAUUAUGGAAAGGCAUCUAAUGAUAUGGCAUGUGCAUUUGUUUGUCUGAUUUCGAGGCUUGGCACGUGCAGCAAAUUUAAAUACCUCUCAAAGAAAGUGUUUUACUAUUACUGAGGUUUCAAUCUUGUAAAACAACAAGGAAUUUCUUAACUUUUUAAUUUCUUGCUUGUUUUAUUAUUACAUCUUUGAAAAUGAAUUGCAUCAUUCAAUUAAGUUUUUUCUUUUCUUUUUUUCUUCCCCGUUUCCUCCAGUUUCAAAUACAAAUGACGGCACAGGUGAGUUUCUUCCCCCCCCUGUGCUUCAUGCAAAGCUCCCCAAGAUGAAAGUUUAAACUCUUAAAGACUGAUCUCAUCUGUUUGGCAUGACAAUGGUGAUAGCGCAACAAUGGUGAAAGUGCCUUGAACAAUCAAUUAUGAACUAUAGGUAUUAUAACUCUCCGAUUUUAAUAAAUAAGUGGUUGUUUCUUUCUCCCAGACCCCAGUGGUACACCUGGCCAGGAGGAGAACCUGUGUAAGAUCUGCAUGGACUCUCCUAUUGACUGUGUCCUGCUGGAGUGCGGCCACAUGGUCACCUGCACCAAGUGUGGCAAGCGGAUGAACGAGUGCCCCAUCUGCAGGCAGUAUGUGGUGCGCGCCGUUCACAUCUUUAGAUCCUGAGACCCAUGCCUUGGGAACCCCCCCUCCCCCCCUCCAAACACACACCUCCAGUAAUUAAACAAGGGACUUGCUACAUGUGGCCUUUACCACCCAUAUACUAUACCGGAG